CCGUCAUCUCAACAAUGCUUCUACUACGUGAUCCGCCCCUGGGGAGGAAGCGGCCGCGAUCCUCCAGAAAAUGUUUAGUGAGGGAGGGGAGUGUGAGAGACAAAGGCAGAGGAAAAGCAGCUAUUCUCAUCUUUUCUAAGUCAUUCGCUGAGGCAGGAGCGCAACUUCUCCGCAAGAAGCCGGAAACCCAGAUCAGACCUGUUUUUUUUUUUUCUUCUCUUCUUGCUUUUUACAUUUUAUUUCCUGGACUCAGCUGCCUGUCAGUCUGAGCUGCAGCUCGCCUCUGUAACCUGCGGGUUUUUGUGUGUGUGGUUUUUCCUCUGAAGCGCGUCUCCUGAUGACUCUCUGGGCGCAGCGUCAUGUCCCUGUGAUGUACGGCACCAUGUCAUCCCUUCCAGGAUUCCUGGAAAAACAGCGCUGAUGGGAAGGAGUGGAGGGCGCGGGAGAACAGAAGCGGAGCUUUUUUCCAUGGAGGCCCCAUGUGAAGCUGAAUAAAACUUUUGUUUUUCGGCCGUCUGGGCUGAGCAGAUGUGAACCCGGCCUCGCUGGCGCUGCUUUUUUUUCCCGGCGGAUGCUCCUGUAAGCCCCGAAGGUGAGGAGGCUCAGCGGCUGGCAGGCUGCAGCUAUGGACGUUGAGAGGUUCCCUCCCUCCUCAUCCGUGACCCGUCCUCUUGUGUCACCAUGUCGGAAGACCCUGCUGCCGCCAUCCUCUACAUUAUCGUGGAGCUGCUGAUCGCCGUCUUCUCCGUGCUGGGCAACGUGUUGGUCUGCUGGGCCGUUUGCCUCAACAGUAACCUGCAGAGCAUCACCAACUUCUUCGUGGUGUCGCUGGCCGUGGCCGACAUCGCGGUGGGAGUCCUGGCCAUCCCUUUCGCCAUCGUGAUCAGCACCGGAUUCUGCUCCAACUUCUACGGCUGCCUGUUCAUAGCGUGCUUUGUGCUGGUUCUCACGCAGAACUCCAUCUUCAGCCUGCUCGCCAUCGCCAUAGACCGCUACAUUGCAAUCAAGAUAGCACUCAGGUACAACAGUUUGGUGACGAGCCAUCGGGCCAAAUGCAUCAUCGCCAUUUGCUGGGCUCUGUCCAUCAUCAUCGGUCUGACCCCCAUGAUGGGCUGGCACGGAGUGUCCAACAGCACCAACAGCACCAACAGCUCCUGCCAGCCCGGCCUGAUGGAGUGCCUCUUUGAGAAGGUGGUGGACAUGAAGUACAUGGUUUACUUCAACUUCUUCGCUUGCGUGCUCAUCCCCCUCCUGCUGAUGCUGGCCAUCUACCUGUGCAUCUUCAUGGCAGCUCGCCACCAGCUGAAGCUGAUCGAAGUGAAAGCCUUCCACGGGGAAAAGUCCCGCUCCACCCUGCAGAAGGAGGUGCAGGCCGCCAAGUCUCUGGCCAUCAUUGUCGGGCUGUUUGCUGUCUGCUGGCUGCCUCUGCACAUCAUCAACUGCUUCACGCUGUUCUGCCCCGAGUGCAGCCGGCCUCCCGCUUGGAUCAUGUACGUGGCCAUCCUCCUCUCUCACGCCAACUCCGUCAUCAACCCCUUCAUCUACGCCUACCGCAUCCGGGAGUUCAGGCAGACCUUCCGUAAGAUCAUCCGCCGCCACGUCCUGCGUCGCCAUCAGGUGUUAGAGAGCAGCGGCAGCGAGCGCAACUCGACGCACACCACCAUCACGGACUCCAUCAGGCUCGAAGCCAACGGUCUCACCCUGGACCUCUUCACGGAGCCCAGCAGGGCCAGCGUCUGCAGAAACUCCAGUACCCGCUCCGCUCACGUCUCCCCUGUGGGGGACGGCCUGGUGGCGGUCUCUCACCCUCCCCUGUCAGUCGUCAUCUCCAACUGUCCCGCGGCGGGGACACGUGCCCUCCAAGCGCUCAGGCAGACUGAAAUCCCAGUGGCCCGUCUGUGCUUCGAGGAGCAAGAGCGUGACUGCGCAGGGGCAGAAACCCUGGAGGCCAGAGGCAAACAGAACCUCGGCUCGACCCAGGUCUCACCGCUGUUCAACCAGAACAGGAAGAAUUGCUUUUGUGAGCUGCAGAGAGUGUCCUGACAAACGCACAGGAAGGAUGUGGGACUAACUCAGGAGCAGAGCGAUCAAACGUCCUCGGGGGAUUGGAGAGGAGAUGGGAGCGGCGAUAACGGAUAACAGGCAAUAACUGUCACAGAGAUAAAUGAAAUACGCUGACUUUUUUAUGUAAGCCAGAGGAAGAGUCUAUAAAGCACUGCUCGUGGUCUGCAGCGCUCAAACUGCCUCAUCCCGUCCGACGCAGAGGACAAUGAUUUAAAUAGAUGAAGCAGCUGACACAUCCAUCUUGAACCUCAAGGUCCCUUGCAACCAGAAACUGUUCAUUUUAGCAGAAAAGCACCAAAUACUUUCGUUUUUGCUUUACGAAGAAGUUGCGGUCGUUGAAAAUGCACUUUGUCCAGUAAACUACCUGACCCGACGCAGGCUGGUAAACCUUCUUGAGCCAUCUACGAAAAUAAUGCUUUUCAACAUUUCUGAAAUAAGAACAUAUAGGGCUGCACGUACAUUUCAGCUGUUCUGUCCUUUCCUCUUUGUUAAGGUCAAACGUUUGGCACUGAGUCACCGACAUCCAGUUUUAUUUUGCACCCCAGGGUUACCGACAGUUCAGACUGGGAUCCUUCACAUGUAUUUAAAUCUGAGGGUGGAAAUGGGAUGAUGCAAUGUUAGAAAAUGGAAACGGGUGUUACUAUCUGCUCAACAAGGCUUUAAUGUGUUGUACAAUUGAUUCAAAUGUAAAAUAAAAAGUAAUUUAUCAAAGAG